GUAAAGUCAAAUUAGCAAAGUUUUAUAGAGCAGACAGUCGAUUUACAGGAAAAUAUUCUCCUUGUGGAAUAGAGACCAAGGAAGGAUGUACAUUUGUGACCUAAUCUGUUGGCACUCCUGGCUCUUUGCACAGUGGCUCCAUGGUUAUUGUUUAGAUAAAACUUGGACUACACUAGCCUCAAUGAAGAAUUAGGUUUGAACUGCCUGUGUUUUCGUUCGUAUCUACAGUAAUCUCAUAAUUUGAUAAAAUAAAUAGAAAACAGAGGGAAAUUUUACAUAAUGCUUAACCUGCUGUUUCAGGACAAUCGGUGUGUUUGAAUUUGCAGAAGAGAUAAGAAAGUCUGCGAACAAUAGACGAAUGCAUGAUACCAACAUCAUUGAUAGAGCUCAAACUUUGAACAAUUAAAGCUUUAUUCGAGACCAAAUACUGGAAUUUCAUUCGGUGUAGGGGAAUCGAUGCAGUAGUGUUGCUCUGAAUUGGAGUGCGUCGCGAGUCAAGUGUGUUGUUUAACUUGCUAGAUAAUCACUGCUCUGAAUUCGCGAAAGAAAUAUUUCGGAAAUUUGUGGUCGUAUGACGCAUAAUCCGUAUUAAGGAAGUAUCGCUUUAUGGCAGCCUGGUGUAAUUUGAAGUAGGUUAAAAGAAAUAUAGGAAGAAAACAAUGAAUUGAACGGCACGGGGUUUCGCCAACGAGUCAUUCACAUCAGCAACAAAAAAUAAAGUUCAUUAAUCUUUGACCAGAUAUACGCCAACGGUGACAUAACGGCUGAGGAUAUAAACAAGAGGUACAGCAUCAAAGCAUUGGCGUCAACAUGACAAAGUCCCCCCAAAAUAGAGAGUUUCCUUUGGGGACAACCUCGAGAGUCAUCGAUGAAGCUGAGUACCAUCAAAGGAAUGGGCGUCCUCAUGGAAACUGGGGAGAAAAAGGUUUAUCGCAUGAAGAAUUUGAUGAAAGUGGAUACGUUGGUAGUUUAUUGGCGGCUGACAUUGGCAAUCAUGCGAGUGCUCAUAUAUUGCCUCCCGACAGCCCUUUGAUAAACAAAGAAAAUGGAUAUUCAAAUGACUGGGAAAUCCAAAACUUAAACAUAAACUCCUCAAAAGAAAGCCCAAGGACAAACCAACAAGAUGGUGUACAUAAUCUAGCAGGUAGCGCUGGAUCGAUUCACGGUUUUAGAAAUGGAAUUAACUUUUUACCUGAUGUGCGUUCAUUGUCGCUUUCAAGUAGCAUUUGCAGCGACGGGUCAUCGUUGGAAGGUGAUAUUACGAACGAACAUACCCGUUUGACCGCUGUAAUUAAUAACAUUGAUCCAAAACGCCUGCAUAACUAUCUAAAAAGAAAACUGAAACAGAGAGACAAUGGUACGAUAGCGGCACUCGGAACAUUAUUACCAAAAAAGAAAUUCAAAGGAGAAACACUGCACUGCGUACGUUGUCAUAAGGAAUAUGACCCAAGGCAUGGUGACAAAAAAUGUGAACUAUUCCAUAGGAGAGAUGAUGUUAUGAAAAUCUCAGAAGACGAACUUGGGACUGAUUUUGCAUGUGAACGUUGUGGAUCUGUAUUCAGGCUGGAUGGAAAAUGGAAAUAUAAAGAGAGCUCCAAUAAAAAGCAUAAGUGUGGAGCGUGCUUCACUGGCGUACACACUGUGAGUACAGACGAAGUCCAAUAUGAACCCGAAGGCCUUUCAAAAACAUGCGAAGAUUAUGGGUGUAUUGUUUUUUACGUAUGACAAAGCUUAUCAGAUAAAGUUUCCUUCUAAUGCACAA